AUUAUUAAAAAUGGAAGGAGGAUCAUCUAUGCCUAGAACCUUUAAGCUCUACGAUGAGCUUGAGAAGGGAGAGAAAGGACUCGGAGACCAAUCCGUCUCAUAUGGACUUGAUGAUCCAAAUGACCAGACUUUCACCAACUGGAACGGAACUAUUGUUGGACCAGCUAAUACAAAUUUCGAUAGUAGAAUCUUCUUCCUGACCAUUAUAUGAGGAGAAGACUACCCAAACUCUCCUCCAAUUGUCAAGUUCACUUCCAAGAUCAACCUCGACUGCGUUGACAGCACCAAUGGAAACAUCAUUGAUUCCAAAUUUGACAUUAUCGGAAACUGGGACUCAUCAUACUCAAUGGAGGCUGUGCUAAUCGGGUUGAAAGAUAAGAUGGCAUCAUCAACAAACAAAUCUAAACCCCAGCCUGCAGAUGGAGAAAUGUUCUAAAGCAGCAUUACCAUAAUAUCGUUGGUCCAA